AAUACUACUUAUAUUCCUAGUGCAUUUUCUCUUUCGAUUUAGACAUAACAAAAAAACAAACACAAUAUCACCCGAAAAUCAAUAAUUAUGUAAUUUUUUUAAUCAACAUAAUACGUAACUGAUAUGAACCAAUAAUUAGUAUGUUUAAAAAUAAACUUAACGACAUUUUAAGAAUGAGAAAUAAUUAAAUGCCUGUAAAAUGCACUCGUAAAACAUAUAUUCAGUUUUGCAAAUCCUUGCAUCAUUGCGAAGCCAUCUGUAUUUUGAAUUGGUUUUAGAAUUACCUCGAAAAGUUUUGUUCACUCGCGGGACUUAUGACCUGCUUAUACCACACCUGAUCCGAUACUUAAAAUCGCUAACAUACCGAACACUGUUGAGCUCCAGUUCCAGGUAGAUGAAAUACAAUAUCAAGUUGUAGGGAUACCCAAAUAAAACUCAUUGAAUGCAAGCAAGUAACAGCAGGCAGACAGCCAGAUAAUGUGCAGCUUGCAAAAUAAAAUAAGAAGGGCUCUCAAACAGUUCUAGUCGCUCACGACUCGUCGACAGGCUAUUGUUGUUAGUGUUUUGUCGGUGAAGACAGAUCGCGUGGUGUUGCCAUGGCGAUCCUCCUGCCUGUGAUUCUCUCUACCUCUCACCUUCUUUCUUGCUGUUUCAUCUCUUAUACCUGUUAAAUCCCAAAACCCUUACGAAUGUGUGUGGACCUGAGCAAAUAUAAUUCGGCAAUUCGAACAUUCGGGAGUUCAGUCAUAACUUUAAGCUGGCCCUGCACGGUCGUCUGACACGCCUUCACAGACAGAGAGAGAGAGAGACAGAGAGAGACUGCGAGACUAUAAUCACAAUGGGACACAAAAUACAUUCCAUGCUAUACAAAUUUAAAUUGAUUUCAUUAUGUAUUGGAUUACUAAUAAUUGCAUUGUUGCCCCAUCUUUCUCGUGCUAAUAAGGAUGCUGAUAACUGUAAUUUCAAUUUCAACGAACAGUCUGAAGAUUUUGAAAUAUUUAAGACAUCUGAGCAAGAGAAUUUCAACACUCGGACAAAAUACGAUGCACACUUGAACUCUAAGCACACCAGCCUCAAAACAAAAAUAUGGCAGAAGGGCAACACAAAUAUUUUGAGAAGAAGUCAACGAGGAAAGCGUUCCAAGUCAUCGUAUAACUUGCCAUCUACACUGAUAAAGGUACCACCUGCUCCUCCAAUGAUUUGGACAGACGCAUCCGCGAAUGCACAGCUUUCACAACGAAUGCGUCGUGCCGUUACAGUACGGAAGGACCGAACAUGGGACUAUGGUGUAAUACCUUACGAGAUUGACUCCAUCUUUAGUGGUGCCCACAAGGCUCUCUUUAAGCAGGCCAUGCGUUACUGGGAGAACUUCACAUGUAUUAAGUUUGUGGAACGGGAUGUUAAGCUGCAUUCAAACUAUAUCUAUUUCACAGUCAAGAGUUGCGGAUGCUGCUCUUUUCUUGGAAAGAAUGGGAACGGACGACAAGCAAUUUCCAUAGGGAGAAACUGUGAAAAAUUUGGCAUCAUCAUACACGAGUUGGGCCACACAAUUGGCUUCCAUCAUGAGCAUGCCCGUGGCGAUCGAGACAAGCACAUCAUUAUCAAUAAGGCUAAUAUUAUGCGGGGUCAGGCGUACAAUUUUGAUGUGUUGUCUCCCGAAGAAUUCGACGAGCCACUCUUACCAUAUGACUAUAACUCUAUCAUGCACUACGCCAAAAACUCAUUUUCUAAGAGCUCUUAUCUGGAUACCAUCACACCCAUCGGUCUGCAUCCUGGUGUGCAAAUUGAAUUAGGUCAACGUCGUCGCCUGAGUCAAGGCGACAUUCUGCAGGCCAAUUUGCUUUACAAGUGUGCCGCAUGUGGACGCACCUUUCAACAAAAUUCCGGACAGAUCGUGUCUCCCCAUUACAUCUAUACUGACAACAGCCUACUUAGCAAUGUAGAGGGAAGUGGCGACGUAGGUGAUGAACCGCAGCACGUUGGUGCUAGCCAUAAUGCUGCAUCGUUGAACGUCUGCGAGUGGCGAAUAACGGCUACAAAUGGUGAACGUAUCAUACUCCAUCUGCAGGAGCUGCAGCUGUUGCAUUCGAGCAACUGUACGCAGGACUAUGUUGAGAUUCGCGAUGGCUACUGGCAUCGCUCGCCACUUGUGCGUCGCAUAUGCGGAAGGAACAUCAACGGGAACGAGAUGAUCACCACGGAGACAAGUCGCAUGCUAAUUAAGUAUGUCAACAACAAUGCAGCACUUGGAUAUAGAGGAUUCAAAGCGCGUUUUGAAGUGGUCUGCGGCGGUGAUAUCUACCUGACCAAGGAUCAGUCCAUCGACUCUCCGAACUAUCCCCUGGAGUAUAUGCCCAACAAAGAGUGUAUUUGGCGCAUCACAGCGCCGGCUAAUCAUCAUGUUGCCAUAAAGUUUCAGUCUUUCUUUAUAGAGAAGCAUGAUCGAUGCAUUUACGACUAUAUUGAGAUCAGAGACGGCGCUCGCAGCGACUCUAAGCUAAUUGGGCGCUUCUGCGGCGACAAGUUGCCACCUAAUAUCAAAACGCAUAGCAAUCAAAUGUUUAUCAAAUUCGUGUCGGAUGGCUCUGUUACAAGGUUGGGCUUCUCCGCAGCUCUGAUGUUGGAUGUGGACGAAUGCAAGUUUAUGGAGCACGGCUGUCAGCACAUUUGCAUCAAUACCUUGGGCAGCUAUCAGUGUGGAUGUCACGCCGGCUACGAGUUGCAGUCCAAUGGCAGAACCUGUGAAGACGCAUGUGGGGGUGUUGUGAAUGCAACUAUGUCCAAUGGCACCUUGUAUUCUCCUUCAUAUCCUGAUCUCUAUCCAAAUGCCAAGCAAUGUGUCUGGGAAGUGGUUGCGCCUCCAAAUCAUUCUGUCUUCUUGAACUUCACGGCUUUCGAUCUGGAGGGCACUAAGCUGCAGUAUACGAAAUGCAGUUAUGACUACCUGAUCAUAUAUUCAAAGCUGCGGGACAAUAGGCUUAAAAAGAUCGGCAUAUUUUGUGGAAACGAGUUGCCACCAAUCGUUAAUUCCGAGCAGAAUAUUCUGCGGCUCGAGUUUUAUUCCGAUCGAACGAUUCAACGCAACGGAUUUGUGGCUGAAUUUAUUGUAGAUAUCGACGAGUGCGCACUGAACAAUGGUGGCUGCCAGCACAGAUGCCGCAACACAUAUGGUAGCUACCAAUGCAGCUGUAGGAAUGGUUACACACUCCACAAAAAUGGCCACAAUUGCACGGAGACAAAGUGCAAGUUUGAGAUCACCUCCUCCAAAGGGGUCCUCCACAGUCCCAACUAUCCCAACGACUAUGCACGCAACAUAUUUUGCUACUGGCAUUUCCAGACUGUUCUGGGACAUCGCAUCAAGCUGACUUUCAAUGAUUUCGAUGUGGAAAGCCAUCAGGAAUGCAUUUAUGACUACGUGGCCAUCUAUGAUGGUCGCUCGGAGAAUAGUUCGACACUAGGCGUCUAUUGUGGUGGCCGCGAACCUUAUGCGGUAAUUGCAUCCAGCAAUGAAAUGUUUAUGGUGCUCAAGACGGAUGCGGGACUACAACGUAAGGGCUUUAACGCAACCUUUCUGUCAGAGUGUGGCGGCUAUUUGCGUGCCACGAAUAACACCCAAAUUUUCUACUCACAUCCUCGCUAUGGCAUUAGGCCGUAUGAGCGGAAUAUGUACUGCGAUUGGCGUAUUGAGUCCGAUCCGGAAAGUAGUGUCAAAAUCAAAUUUCUUCAAUUCGAAAUCGAGUAUUCGGAGCGAUGCGAGUAUGACUUCCUCGAGGUCACUGAGGAGGGCAACGCUAUGAAUACUAUACAUGGUCGCUUUUGCGGGAAAAGGAAACCACCAGUGAUUGUUUCCAACUCAGACACUCUACUGUUAAAGUUCCAAACGGAUUAUGACAAUUCUUUACGCGGCUUUGCUAUAUCUUUUAUUGCCGUUGAACCACCAGACAAUGAUACUGGCGAGGAUUUGGAUGCGGCGGUGACUCCAUUUCCUGGCUACUUCAGAAAUAUGUAUGCAGAGAUGGCGGAGGGCAGUGACUAGCACAUAUCUUUCCGCACAGUAGACUAAUGUGACUUGUAAUUCAAUUUUGUUGUUUGGCUUGUAAAUAAAAAAA